AUUAGUUUUUAUUUUGUAAUCUGUGCCACACAAAUCAAAUCUGUGUCAUGUCGACUGUCGGACGGUCGUGUUGCUAAAUAUUUUAGGGUGUGUUUAUGGCGUGAUAAAAUAUUAUUUAGAGCUCUUGUAGUGAGAUUGAAAGUAGUUUAGAAUAUUCUACGAUAAGUGGUGAUAAUGUUACGGGUUCUACUGGAUAAAUUUUGGGAUGAAGAUGUAUGGUUACCGCCGAAUACUACUUGGGAUGAAAUCGCACCGGGUCCUGACAAGGCGGUGGUUUAUAAUGACUAUAGGCACCUCCUGUACCCUCUGCCCUUGGCACUGGUGCUGAUAUGCCUGCGGCGUACUCUAGAGGAGUACUGGUUUGCCCCAUUUGGCAAAUCCUUAGGCAUUAAGAAUACUAGACCAAAGAAAGCCCCAAGUAAUCCAAAAUUGGAGAAUGCAUAUCAAUUAUCACCAAAAAUAAAGCAUAAACAGAUAUGUUCGUUAGCAAAGCAACUCGACAUGACAGAGAGGCAGGUGGAACGAUGGUGGAGAUUAAGAAGGAGCCAGGAUAAACCAUCGACCCUGGUGAAGUUCUGCGAGAAUAUGUGGCGCUUCACAUUUUACUUGUACAACUUCUCCUACGGCCUUUUUAUAUUAUGGGAGAAGGAGUGGCUUUGGGAUAUUGAUCAGUGUUAUAUUGGAUAUCCACACCAGGGUCUAACGAAUGACAUCUGGUGGUACUACAUGAUCUCGGCGGCGUUCUACUGGUCGCUGACGUUCUCCCAGUUCUGGGACGUGCGCCGCAAGGACUUUUGGCAGAUGUUCGUGCACCACAUCGCCACCAUCCUGCUCCUCUCCUUCAGCUGGGUCUGCAACCUGCACAGGAUCGGGACGCUCGUACUCUUAGUCCAUGAUUGUGCGGAUAUAUUCUUGGAUGCAGCGAAGGCGGCAAAGUAUGCCAACUAUCAACGGUUGUGUGACAGUAUCUUUGCUGUUUUUACUGUGUUGUGGAUUAUUUCAAGACUCGUUGUCUAUCCGUUCUACAUUAUUUGGAGUACAUCGAUCCGGGCCCCCAUGCUGCUCCCGAUGUUCCCCGCCUACUACAUCUUCAACUCGUUGCUGUGUCUACUAUUAGGCCUGCAUAUGGUCUGGACCUGGCUUAUAUUACAGGUUGCCUACAAAGCUAUUAGUGCUGGACAGAUGGAAGGUGACAUCAGAAGUUCGAGUUCCGAAAUAAGCGAUAGUUCACAUCAAUCGAACCACAGCACGCCGAAUCGUGUCAAUAAUAAAAAAGAGACAUAGGGUCGGGCCGACCGUCAAGGCGUUCUGCUCAGCGUCCGUGGCGCCACCUGGCGGCCACAAACAUGACUACAUCACUCCACGUUACGAGGUUGUAACUAGUAUAUCAUUAAUAUUACAAGGGGCCACAUUUGUUUUAAUAUUUAUAAAUAAUAGUCAUAAAGGGCCUGGUGCUUAUUUCUAUUUAAGUUUUACAUACAUAAUGUACUCAGUUAUUGUCACCAGUUAUAAAGCUGGGCUGAGGGAGGGAGGAGUGGUAGGCGACAAAGGCUUUUCAGUUAGUUUACUAACUAUAAAUGUUGCAGUGAUUUUUCAAAGCAAUUAUAUUUUUGCACAAAUGUUGUCUUGUUCUACAAUAAUAUAUUUUAUGUUAUUACACUAACACCCGGUUUCCGAAAGGCCGAUCAAUGUUAAGCCUUUGACUGCCGACUGAAAACUAUUGAAGGCAAAUCCUCCGCUACCGUAGGUCACCGGUGACCUACGCGGCGGUUAACGUGUUAAAAUCAAUUAAAUCUCUUGUCAAGUCAUCUG